GAACGAUUCAUUCUCGAAUCGGACAGCAGUUCGUUGGAGAACCAUGGCGGUGAAACAGAUGACAUGCUUGGGGAUCUAAAUUACACAGAGCAGAAGAACCGGCGCCCGUGGACAGUGAGAUAUCCGUGGGGAUGAGCGGGGAAUUCGAUACAAUGUAUCAGAGUUACUCCGAAGGGGUCGUGCCAUUGUGCGAUUGAGGAUACAAGGACCACUGACCUAAAAUACAGUUUUAACGUGGAACAAUUUGAAAGUCAUUGAGAAUGAUCAAAGCGGAGAGCAAGGGCGAGCGCACCCUGCGGAGCGCGUCCCCGCACAGAAAUGCAUACAAGUCGGACUUCCACGCCAUUAAGUGCUCUUUUGAUGGGACCAAAUCCGAUAGCGAGGACAAGUCUUAUGCUAAUGGAGCCAGCGACCCCCGGGAGGACACCAGAGGGAGGCCGUCGGGCAACCGGGUCAACAAAAUAAAGAACAUUUUCCUGCAAAUGGACGGCCAGCAGCCUCCGGAGAGUCAGGAACUGGCUCACAAAACAGAUACAUCUUCUCCUGUAUCCCCAGUGUCCAAGUUCCCAGUCAGCACUCACAAAACCUGCCUCAGUAGCGCCAACAACCAAGAACCGCAAAACACAGACAGAACCCCAAAGGGAGAGGAAAUCGAGAUCGAUAAAUUCGCCCUGGCAGAAAAAUUUUCAGUUACCAGAAAAAUCUUUGAGCAAGGCAUGAAAGAGCCACCUGCCGCUGUGCCCAGCAGAGUUUCUAUUCGUGGGGCCCGGCGGUCCUUUGGAUCUUCUGAAAAUUGCAGCAAUAGUGUCAUCAAAGGCACCACGUCACCCGGUGCCCCAGAGGAGGCUGAGGACUCAAAACAGGUCAAUAGACUAUCACUUAACGCCGGGCCUAUUUCAAGGCGGCUGGAGAACUUCAUUGUGGAUGGCGACAAAGACGAGUCAGUGCAAGCUUCUGCUAAAAGUCCUGAGAAAGUGAGCAGCCCCUCUGAGCGCUCGCUGCCAUCACCUCUACGAGCGAGUUCCCAGAAACCCACCUCCCAUGGUAUUGAUCCAGCACACAAACCCACAUCCCCAAACUCUGACACGUCACCCAAACCUUUCUCACCUGAAACAGACUCUCCUCACAGCCCUCCGUUCAAGUCCAUCAGUCCCGUGUCAUAUAAACCGACCUCUCCGACCAGCCGGAGCACCGGCGAGCCUCUUUCACCCACUGCCCAAAGCCCAUUUAAACUUUCUCCAUCACCAGGAAAUGACUCGGUGAAGGAACCCAUGAUAAAUGAAACAAAUCAACUUAGUAGUACUCCUGCGAAAGAUCUCAAAGCUUCAGCAAGUAGCCCAUAUAAACGGCCUCUGAGUCCUGAGGAACCAAAAAGUGAAAACCAAAUAAUCUGCAGUCCGUCAAGGGACAUCUCCCGUGAGCGAUGUCUGGACCCCGCUGGUGCAGGAGUGGUGCGGGCCGAGCUGGUAGUGGUCCAGAACGAGUCUUCAGCAAGUGAGGAGAGUGAUGAAGAGUUUUUGGAGGAUGUUAUGACAGAGGUGAAGCUACAAAGGGAACUUAAAUCCGGGGCACAGAUAGAUGUUGCUGACCUUUCGAAAGUGUUAUCACCACAAAACCAUUCAGAAGACAAACAGCUGGAUAAGGAUGCAUUGUUAUCAGCAGAGCUGAAGAAAGAGGAGCCAAAUCAGGAGGAUGAAGAAGAGGAGGAGGAGGAGAUCAUACAAAAGAGGAAUAGCUGUCAUGAAGAUGAUGAUGAGGAGAGCGAGCGGGAAGAUCCAGAUGAAUGCGGGAAAACUUCUCCAGUGUUUUAUAGUUUUGAGAACGCAGCGUUUGUGGAUGAUAAGGAACCGGUUCAGGACCAGCAGGAUGAAGAGGAUGAGGAUGAAACCGAGGUGUUUGAGGAGUAUGAUGAAGUUCCUGGUUUGUCAGAGGAUGAAGAACAGCCUCCGAGAAGGAAAAUCAGAUUCUCCACUGGGCCAAUACGGGUGUACAGCACGUUCUCUAACGAAGAGUACGACCGCAGGAACGAUGAUGUGGAUCCUGUGGCGGCUUCUGCCGAGUACGAGCUGGAGAAACGGGUGGAGAAGAUGGACGUGUUUCCUGUGGAGAUCGAGAAAGGUGAUAAAGGGCUGGGGAUCAGUAUUAUCGGGAUGGGUGUUGGGGCAGACCAGGGUCUGGAGAAACUGGGCAUCUUCGUCAAGACUAUCAUGCAGGACGGCGCUGCAGAGAGAGAUGGGAGGAUCCAGGUGAAUGAUCAGAUUGUGGAGGUGGAUAGCAUCAGUCUGGUUGGUGUGACGCAACUCUUUGCUGCGACCAUCCUCAAGAACACGAAGGGAACUGUCAGGUUUCUGAUUGGCCGAGAGAAGCCAGGUACUCAGAGUGAGGUGGCCCGACUGAUCAGUGAGACCCUCGAGCAGGAACGGCAGCAGCAGGAGGACGACACAUACGAGCAGUCCACUGAAGAGGACGAGCACUACGAGGAUGAGGAGGAAGGGGGGGAGGAUGGCAUCCUCGAUUCGAGUUUCGGCAGGAGGAAUGUGGAAGUGUACGAUUUGCCCGAGAGCGAAGAAAUGUUCUUGCCGUCAAACAUGGAUGACACUCAACUAACGUUCAGAUUUAAAGAGCUCCAGAUAAAACACACUAUUGCAGAAGCCGAAGUAGAUGAACUGAAAGAGAGAUUGAGAGAGUCGUCAGAGGAGCGUGCGGCGUGGGAAGAGAGGGAAGCUCAGUUAGAGAGGAGCGUUCAGGAGAACUCGGAGAGAAUCGCUCAGAUGGAGAAGAACUGGCUGGAGGCUCAGGCUCUCUGUAAGAGCAUCAACGAACAGCUCAACGACACGCAGAGCCAAUAUGAAGCGCUGGAUAUAAAAUACAGCAAAGCCAAGAAACUGCUCAAGGACUAUCAGCAGAAAGAGGCGGAGUAUGAGCAGAGGGAGGAGGAGUUAAGGAGAACUCUGGAAGAGAGAGAGGCGAAAUAUAAAAUAGAGAUAGAGGAUCUGCAGCGCAGGCUGGCGAAGCUUGAGUCUGCUCAUCAUGAGCCUCCACUGUCAGGCAGUAAGUCAGCAGAUUCGAUUCUGCUGGGAGCGGACUGGAGUGAGGUGGUUCCUGAGACGGAGCGUUUGGACACCAGCGCCCAUCGUGCAAAGGCCCAGCUGUCCCAGAGAAACAAACGACAGCCGCCGUCCCGCAGUAAACUCAAAGAGACGCUCAGCUCCCCAACGAGAAGCCCACAGGGUGAUGAUGAGAGUCAGUCUGUGAGUCCCGAGUCUCCUCCGACUCGUAGGAGAUCGUUCCAGGAGAGUUUGUCCCUGCCGGUCGCCAUAUCUUCUCCUGCCAACCACCCUAAGGAUGAAGGUUCUGUUACGAGCAGCAGCCAAUCAGUCCAGAGGGAUCCUCAAGACCCCGCCCUCUCCUCCCCUAAAGACUCCUCCCCCUCCAGCUCCCUACGGAAUGUAAAGAAGAGAGAGUCCAAAGGCAAGGGCAAAGAGGUCAAAGAAGAGUCCAAUGAUGCAGCUGGAAAAGCCAAAAGAAGAUUCCCAGAUUUCGGUGGUUUAAGGAAAUCAGGAGGCAAGGGGAAGAAGCUAAGCAAAGAAGCUAAGAGGGCGUCAAUGGACAGCAGGGGUUCAGCGGAGUUACUGGAUGAGUCAAGGGCCCAAGUCUCCCCUUCAGAGUCCGUGACCUCCAUCCCCACCUGCAUGCCCUUCUCCUGGUUUGGAGAGAAAGACAAAGAGCGCUCAUCCAGCAGUCUCCCACACACCACUGCAGACGCCAGCAUACACAGCCACAGCUCCAAAAACAAGACAAACCUCUCCUGGUCUUCUCUGUUCAGUCGCUCCUUAGAUUUGAGUUUGUCAGUGCUAGAUGAUUCGAACCCCAGCAGUCCAACUUCCGACUUUUCUGGGCUGGUGGCGGAGCCCAACCUGUCGGGCCGCUCUCAUACCUUAACCUUCUCCUCCAGCGAGAUGCUGGAUGAUGAGGAGCCUUGCUCUGGAGGGAAGGAGUAUCACUGGCAGAACCGUCCCGUCUCUGAUUGGACGUCCCAGCAGGUGUGUCAUUGGCUGAUGGGUAUGAACAUGGAUCAGUACACACCUGAGUUCAGCACACAGGCCAUCGAUGGACAGCAGCUCCUCAACCUGGACAGUGACAGACUCAAGGCUCUGGGCAUUUCCAGUCAGAGUGACCGAGCCACAAUCAAGAAGAAACUGAAGGAGAUGAAGAAAGCACAAGAGAAGAUGGAGAAACAGCGGGAAAAGCGUGAGAAGGAGGCCAGACGCAGCGGACGUCUGCCAGCCAGCACUGACUCUGUGUGCUGAUGAUCUUCAGAUUCUUCAUCUUUUCACUUUAUUUCUCCACACACUCCAGCUCCUCCCACACGUAUGAUCCGUUCUAGAGGAGUUGUUUUGAAUGAAUUCGGUCAGUAACUCGUUAAUAAGUCAAGGCGGUCAUCCGGAAACACUAAUGAAGCUGCUUACGAGACCACUUUCACUCUCUUCAGUUCAGUCUGUGCAGCACAAACAUGCACAUGCUCAUCUGAAGGCAGUGAAUUUGCUAAGGAAAGUGUUUACAGACCGUACCUGAUUUUGGGUGUGGGGCCUUCACUGUAAAAAUUACGUAGUAUUUUGUUUUUCUUUCAGUAAAAUCUCUCAAUAGUUCUUGCAUAAGAAGAGAUCAAUUACAUAUUCAGACAGAUUCAGCCAGAUCAGAGAAUGAAAAAAAAAGAAUUGGUUAAAUGUUUAUUUUUGUUGUUGUUGUUUUUGCUACAAGCUUAAAUUCCCAGUGAACAAAUUGCAUUUAAUUCAAGAUACAUCUGAAACAAAUCUUUAUCUAUAUUCUUCUCAAGUAAUUGUGUUUUAAGGACAUUUUUACUGGAAAACAAGACAAAAUACGAAUAUUUUUGCAGUGUUCAGUGUAAUAAGUGAGAAUUCUUUUUUUUUUUUUUUUUUACUUUUGGACUAGCUUAAAAAAUAAAUAUAGCGGUCCAAUUUAUAGCAGACCAAAACUUUUAUUAGUUUUAAUUUUAUUUUAUAUCGAAUUACUGCAGGGGACAUUAAAUAAAACAAAUUUGCAAAGGGAUAUAUAAAUAUUUAGAUGCUUAUUUUACAACGUCUAACAAUAGCGAAUAGUGCUUUUAAAAAGAUUUCUUCUUGUAUUUUAGGAGUACUUCUGGCCCGUGGUGCUAAGCGGGUCAUUUUGCUGGAUCCUUGUACAGUUGAGUGAUAUUAAUUGAGCACUAUAUUUUUACUGAAACAAAGGGGAACAUGGUUUAUAAAUGUACAAAUGAGAUAUUUUAUACAUAACUAUUAGCAUAGCUUUAAGGAAGAGACAUUAACGUUUGUACACAUUUUCUACUAAGUAGAAUAGCUUGUUGGUCAGAACCAUUUGGCUAAUUCUGAAAAGCAGAGUGAAACUCGAAGUGAAAGGUGUUUGUACAUCUCGUUAGUUGUUUUUAUUUGGACGGUUACUGCUUUUAUAUUAUGGAUAUGGUUACAAAAAAUACAUAAUUGUUGCAGAAUGUAGUGUAGUUUUAUUAGUGGCCAUGGCCCAGAUUGUGGCAGAGGGUGUAAUGUCCUGAUUAUCAUCUGAUUUAAGAGUCGUUUUUGUUUUUAAAGAGACGCCACUUUGUGCUCAUGUCAUUGUGAUUCUGUGUCUGUGGUUAUAUUUUUCUACCUUGUGAAAUAGAUGAUUUUGAACAGACAAAAAUCAAGCUUUCUAUCUGGCACAAAUAAAUGCUUUCACCUCUUGA